AUGGUAGAACUCAAAACCGCUGAGGCAACUACCAAGUACCUCCGAUCCAAGGAUAUUAAGCCUACGGAGGCAGUGAAGACGGCCGAGUCUCUCCUAGACGGGUCUCUUGAUGUCUUCCUCAUCAACAAGCAUCACUUCGUGUUUGACCUAAUAUGCGAUCGAAUGAACGAGUUCACGGGAAAAGACUUUAAAGUAUGGAAACUUGAAGCUUCUUUAUGGCGUCUUUGGCAAAACGUCUGGCAGCUUAUGGGCCAGCUGGCGCUAGAUCUUGAUUUAAGAAGCAGAAGCUUCCGUAGAGUCAAGUUGGUGUCCAUUGUCACCAGUGUUAUUGAACAGAGCAUUGAUUCCGAUCGUGAAGAGCUUUUAGAAGCUAUGUUUUCAUGCGUUGGUGCUAUUCUCGCUUCUGGAUAUAUUGAAGUGGAGGAAUACACUGUUACUGGACUUCUAGCAGCAUAUGCUGCUUGGCUUGAGAAGCUGCAACAAACUACCAGCUCUGUCAAUGAAUGGACUUCUGUUGUGAUUCAGCUCUUUGAGCUUCCUAGACAAUCUUCCAACUAUAAGCCUACAAAGAAGAGCACAGCUCGAUACUUCACCGAAGUGCUUCCACACUUAUUGAACUUUCUUUCAUCAGAGCCUGAUUCGUCAUUGAAACCAACCCAUGAUCUUCUUUCCCAACAGAAUAGGACUUUCUUGUUUGAAGUCGAGACUGCUCGUACACUUACCUCGCAUAUGGACGAUGUUAUUGCAUACGAUGGCCUUACAGAUGCUGCUGUCGAGUACCUUUUCCACGAAGUCAUUAGUAGUUUAGCUGCCACUGAUAUCGCUUCGUGUGAGAGUGUUUUCGUGAGCAUCACUAAGAGCUCUAAGUUUAGCCAGUUGUCAGAGACUCUUCUCCAAUUCUUGGCUAAGGUCAACAGAACCCUUUCAACAGACUUCUUUGAACAAUUGUACACUGCUGAGAUGGCUAGAAAACCUAUCAGAUGGGGCCUUGUGGGGCACAUUGUUUCAUUGAAUCCUGAACUUGCCCAGCUGAAGGCCGAACAGCUAGUCAAGGAUAGCAAGGAUCUAAAGAAAGAGGAAGUGACUAUAAUAGCUUCAAGCUUGGCUAAAGGAUACAUUCGUGCUAGAGACUUUGACAAAUUUAUUGGUGAGGUUUACUCUUCUGCAUUACCUGUCAAUAACGAAUGGGCGUCUGAAGCCGUUGUGGACAUUUUGUCUGCCCAUUGUGGUGAACUUUCAAGUAAUCAGAUGUCUUCUUUGAUUCAGACGUCCUUGGCCAAUAAGGAGAAGGAGAAGACUGUACUUUUACUCCGUGGUCUUCUUAUGAGCUCCACCGCCAAACAGGAUGCUGCCGCUAAGGUCAUUUCUGCUAACGAUUUCAUUCAUCAGGGAUGGUCUGAGAUCGUAUACUAUCUAUUAUGCAUUUACGAUGAUGAACUUUUGUCAGAUGAUCUCGUCAAGAAGGUUGUCCCUGGUUCACCCAAGUCCAAAUUCGAUCAUUACUUGACGUUCAGAGUUGCUGAGUUGACUGGUGACAUUAAAGACUUGAAAGAAAAGCAUAUUGAGAAGUUUGUGAAAAAGCUUUCUGUCUCUGACGCCUUUGCAUUCGCUAAAAGAUGGCUCGUUCUUAUAGAGCUGUUUAAAACUGUCACUACUGCCCUUUUCCUGAAGAUGCUUGAGUCGACGGAGGAAGACGAAUUUGUUCGUUUCUUCGAAACAGAAGCCACUCUCGUUUACGAGCUUCCAGGCCUUCUUGAAGCUCUUUCCACCUUUAUUUCAAAGAAUUCGAAGUUUCCAUACAAGAAAGAACUUUUUUGCAUGAUGCCACAUACCAUUUACAGGAGAUUCUUUUCUUCGUUUACUGAUGAGAUCUGCAAGGAUGCGUUGAAGAAUGAAGACGCCAAGGUUAUUCUUAAGCAUAUUCUUCGUGAGGCAAACGGUUCUUCUAUGCUCGAGAAAGACUUUGAUUUCUAUAAGAAGUUCAUCGGGUCUGACGAUUCUCAGAUCACAAUUGAUACAGCACAGCUUGCAUGGAAUGGCCAUAUAAACCGCUUCAAGGAUCAAGCCUCGUCCGAUUUUGUUCAUAAGGUCUUGAAGCAUCUCAUAAAGACACUUAAAAAGAAGCCUUCUUCUUCUGACUUCAGACUUUGCCAGGUUGUUCUUAAUGGAAAGAGGCCCAGUGAUGCAGACUUUGAAAAGGCUUUCGAUGAGAUCUGCAACAGUUAUGUCUCCCUUGUUGCCAAAGUCCCAGAACCAUCGAAUGAACAACUUUCUGUGCUUGCUAAUCUUCCUUCACCUCUCAACGACAAGGUAAGGGAACAAAUCAAGGCCUUGCUCAAAUCUACCGGCAAGAAAACUUUGGACACAACCACUGAAACCAGCCUCUUUGUUAUGGCUGCUAAGACGUCUACUCCAGGGCUCCAAGGCGCUCUCUUCCUCAGCAGCUUAUACUUGGCUCUUCAAAGACGUAUUGGUUCGAGCUCAGAAGAAGCUCUUUUAGAGAACCUCUCAGCAUUCUUCAAAGGUUUACCCCGUGAAGACUUCCACCAACUUUAUUUGCAUUUGCUAGCAUCUUGCGAAGAUGCUGCUCCACCUUUCUUGGAUCAUCUUAUCAGAAUUCUUUCAGUGCUUGCCAAGCAGCUCAACAAAGAUCACCAAAAGGAACACACUACAUUGUUUGUGGGUACUAUCCUGAUAAUCAGUCUUCGUCUUGAAGAUAUUCAGGCAGUUGAGACAUUGACUGGCUUCCUUUCUACACUCACCACUAUGCUGUCAGACCAUGUAUGGAUCUUUUCACAGUACGCUGUUGAACUUACCUUGGCCACUGUGGGCGUGGUGCUUAAGAAGAGUCAGCAUCGUAACCAGUCCAUGGUUUUCAAUGCAGCUGUCAAUCUUCUUUCAUACAUUGUUUUGUUCCACCGUUUCAGGCUUACAUCUCGUUACCACUUGUUAGUGAAUGUUCUUGUUGAAGCUAUGAAACAUCUUACCAGAAAAGAGGUGACUGACGAGGAUGGAACGAUAGUGGGAAGAAUCUUGGUCACGCUAAGUGAACCUCCUGUUCAGAGGUCUACGAAGGAAAAUGAUUCGCUCACAUCACAGGCAGCUGUUUACAAAAGAGCCAUUAGAAAACAGGCACACGUUUUAUUGAUUAAUUAUGUGCAUAUGCAAGUGUCUUCGCCGUUGAAGAGUUCGGUGACUGAUGCGUUGAAUUACAGCUUGCCAAUCAACUUCUAG